AUCGGGCGUAUUCGGGUGAGAGCCGCCACCGCCGCGCCCGUGCAAUGUACAGAGCGGCUUGAAUCGUGUCUCGAAUCAUCACCGUCCCCGAGGAGUCCUCUUUUUCAACGGCCUGGAGUGGAGUAAUGAGCGUUUUCGGGGAUUUCCAGCGUGUCUGGGUUCAAAGAUUCCCGGACAGCGCGUUGCCGGCGGCUUGGGAAGAGGACGUCAGAGCCAACCUAGUCAAGCAUAAACAGAAGGUGACUGCUUUGAGGGAGGAACUCGAAAAAGAAGAAUUCUACGUGGAAUAUUUAGAAAGAUUGCUAGCUGAUGUCGAACGUCACAAGCAACUAGCAAACAGUAACACGGUGACAACACCCGAAAAGCAACAGUUUACAGAAUCUCAAACUCAACAGUCCCGUCUGGCAGAAAAUAGUUUGCCAGAUUCAACGAAUGCGUCUCGCGCUCAACAUCCGGAGCCAUCGGCUCCGCCACUUCCUGCACGCGAGGAUAUAAGUAAGUUUCAAGACAAGUGCGUUUCUGAACUGAGCUCGACCCUGAAUACAAACAAAAGACCUAAAAGCGAGAUACCAAAAAGUCCUGACAAAGUGCCUGAGCUUAGACGAAACAGCGACCCUGAUGUGCCAAGUAAUUAUGUUACCGUAAUUGAGGUGACGGGUAGUUCAAAGAAAGAGAAGAACGAUGAAUCCCUCAAAGAGGAGGACGAGAAAGAUUUGGAAAAUCCGAUCAAUGAAGAUGGGGAAGAUGGUGAUGCAGAGGCAUCGGAGGAAGAACCUUACUAUGAUUCUGUAGCUUUAGAUCAGACAGGAGAGUAUGUAUAUAUCGAUGCACGUAUUCCACCCAUUGGGAACAAUAAUGGCAAUAGAGCACCGCAGAGGAGACCGCCCUCUCUUCCGGACUCACCGGGGAACCAGAGUAACUAUGUCAACAUCGAUUAUUUUAUACAACACAGAGCAGCAAUGGACAGCGAGGACGAAGAAGGUGCCAGUCCUGCACCACCGAUUUUACUGCGCGCUCUUAGCACGGAUAACGAAACCGGUAGCAGUGAUGCAGAACCUUUAAGCUUAAGCGAAGGCAGUUUAGAAUCGCCGACGCCAACCACACCACGCCGCCAAGAAAAAAGUAAAGACCGUGAGGACGAUAGAACGUCUAUGAUUAAAUGUAUUGUGAACUCUGUGGUAGAAAGUGAAACAAUAUAUGUCGAAUGUCUAAACGUAAUGUUACAAUAUAUGAAGGCUAUCAGAGCUACAUUGACCACGUCGCAACCGGUCAUUUCCGAAGAUGAAUUCGGUACCAUGUUUUAUAAGAUACCGGAAUUACAUGAAUUGCAUCAGACAUUUUUGAACAGUCUUAGGAAAAAAUUGGAGAAAUGGGAUAGUAAAACUACUAUAGGUGAACAGUUUAAAGUAAUGGCUAGCAACAUAGGAUUAUACGGAGCUUUUUUGCAUAAUUAUGCUCGUGCUACCGAUACCGUACGAAGGUGUUCCGCGCAUUCUACUCAAUUCGGUGAAAUCACAAGGGACAUAAGACUCAGAGGAUUUCCUAAAGGUCCAGGUUUAUCUCUCGAAGAUCUUUUACAUAAACCUGUAGCUCGAGUGCAGAAAAAUGCAUUAGUUUUACAUGAUCUUCUGAAGCACACACCAAUGAAUCAUGCGGAUCAUGCACCGCUUUCAGAAGCUCUUGCUAUGACCAGAAACUUCCUGGACGAGUUCAAUAUUAUUCAGACGAAAUCAAUGUUUCCGAGUCAUGACAGAGCACAACGAAGAUUAGUGAAGAACUCUUUUGUGGUUGAAUUAUCUGACGGGCAUAGAAAGUUAAGACAUCUGUUUCUCUUCAACGACGUAAUCGCUUGUGCAAAAUAUAAGGCAUCUGGUAGAGAUAAGUUCACGUUUGAAUUAAAGUGGUACGUGCCAGUGGCAGAAGCGGUGGUGACGGAGGAUGGUAUUGAGCCACGUGAGACUAGUCCAGCUAAUGUUGUAGCUCUACGGCAUGUACCGUACGCGAUCAAAGCUCAGCUAGUGUUAGCCUCUCCGAAUUUAGUAUUACGCGUUUCGCAUAAAAGUCAGCAUCGAAUGCAAAAUUCGUAUACGUUCUUUUUGUCCAGCGAAUUUGAACGGUCUCAAUGGGUUGAAGCGGUGGAGGCAUUGCAACAGGGCGGACAACCUCCGGGACCAUUGCCUUUGUCAAUGUAUGAAUUGCAGGCUUGGGUUACAGCCUGCCGUACUUAUCUUCAAACAGAUAUGGGCAGCUAUUUGUUGAGAUCGGGACGCGACGAAAGCUUGUUACUGGGUGAUCUUCACUUGACUCUGCUUGGCUUAACACCGCCAGGUUUAGACAGAGUCGGAGAUCUUUAUAUAAUCGUGGAGGUUGAUAGUUAUGGACAUUAUUUUAAGCGUGCAAGAAGUCGAGUUGCGAGGGGACAAGCUCCGACCUGGGGUGAAACGUUUGUCGUUGAAUUAGAGGGCAGCCAAAACGUUCGUAUUUUAUUGUACGAAGAAUGCGGAACUCGUUCGGUACUGCGAGGCAAAUGCAUACAACGAUUGAGCAGAUCUUGGUUGCAGUCGGAUCAAGUCGAGAGAUCGUUAAAUUUAGGGCCAGCUACUUUGGACGUGGCUCUCCGUUUCGUUCCAAGCGAAGUAACCUUGAGGCGGGUACCGUCUGCCAAGCCCCAAGGUUUAUUCGGGGCUAAAAUUCAACAAGUGUGCAAGCGUGAGAAACGAGACGUUCCGUUUAUUAUAACAGCUUGCGUGAGAGAAGUGGAAAGGCGAGGGGUCGGAGAAGUGGGUUUAUACAGAGUUUCUGGUUCAGCGUCCGAUUUAACAAAGUUGCGUAAAUCGUUCGAAAGUAAUUCAUACGAAGCAGAACAAUUGCUUAAAGAGGUGGAUGUUCACUCUGUAACAGGUGUUCUCAAGUUGUACCUUCGAGAAAUGCCGGAGGCUCUCUUCACGGACGCCCUUUACCCAGCGUUUUUGGAAGCCUUCCAAACCGGCGAGUUGUCGAAGGGUGCUGCCUUACGAAGGGUUUACGAAAGCUUACCUGCCGUGAACAAAGCGGUGAUUGACUUUCUGCUCGCUCAUUUGAUCAGAGUGAACAAACACGAGGCGCAAAACAAGAUGUCGCUGCAUAAUUUAGCGACGGUAUUCGGGCCGACCUUGCUGCGACCGGGCACGAACUCGCGGUCGGACGCGAAGAGUCGCGAUCCGUUGGCCGCAGGCACCGUCGACGUAAUGGCGCAGGCAGGCAUACUUUACUGUUUCUUGCAGAUACACAUGCAACAGAACAAUCAGUCACUCUAGUCGAGAGAUUCUUGUUGACCUGUCGUAGCGUUAGUUGCUCGAGGUUCUCUUCGUAAGUGUCUUAACGCCGCGAUUGUAAAAUUACCAAUUUUUCUAUAAUAUAUUUUGCUAAUUUUUUCGUGACUACGUAUUGUUUUCACACAGAAACGCACUGAGUAGUAAACAACAGGCUUUGACGGAACCCAGAUCGGCGAGAAUUCUUGUAGGAUUUGGUUACGCGUACGAGAUAACGUAGCGAAAAGUGAACUUGGAAGCCACCA